AUGGAAUCUCCACACUGUUAUAUACCAGAUUGCAGCAGACGGUCAGAUUUUAAAUGCAGCUGCCUAUCCUCUGAAGUUUUUUCAUGCACUCUUCAUUUUGGUAAUCAUAUUUCUUCAACUGACUCUUCUAUAAGCCACCAAUUUAAGAAAUUAUAUGAAAAACCAAAUGAUGAAACUAAAAAAGCAGCCAUAGCACAUUUAAUUCAGAAAAUGACCAAACUUAAAGAAUAUCAAAGAGAAGUUGUGGAAAAAUCUAAUGAAAAAAUGCAAAAAAUUUGUGUAGAAUUGAGAAAAGAGCUAAAUUUUGUAUAUGAGGAAAUUAAAAAGAUUAAAAAAUAUGCAGCUCAAAUAGUUAAUAUAAAAGAUAUCCCAGUAGAAAAUGCUGAGCCUUUGUAUGAGAUUUUGAAAUAUCCAAGCCAAGGUGUUGCUGAAAAAAUUGAAGAAAUUAUCAAUGGGCUACCAAAAGUAGAACAAAUUGAUGAGCCUUUAUUGGAGCCAUUAAAUCAAAGCGGACAAUUAUAUGAAAAUGCCUCUGAAAACAAUUUAUCACAAAAAAUAAAGGCUCAAUUAUGAGAAAUAUCAAAAUUAAGCAACGAAAUUAAAGAAAAAACUAAAAUUAUUUGUGAAAAUGAACAAAUGAUAAAGAAUUUAACUGAAGAGAAUGAGAAAUUGAAAAUUGAUAUUAAAAGUCGUGUUUCCCAUGACGAGCUCUCAGAAGUCGAAGCAAAUCUAAAAGAAAAUAGAAUAAAAGGCCAAUUUGCUAUAGAGUCUUUUAGUAUAGAAGCACUUCAACUCGUUACUCCUGUAGAAGACUCCCAAAGCGUGAUUAUAACAAACCUCUCAAAUUCAGAACGAUUUCAAAUAGAUUUAGAAAUUGAAGAAACUUUAAGUAGCCAAAUAUCUGUGUGUAUGCUUCCUGAUCUAAAAUUAUUUUUCUAUGGAAAUUGCUGGGAGAAAAAAACGUUUAUCUUUAAAAGCCAAAAAGUUUACUCUGGAAUUACAUUUAUUUUCGAUCUUUGUGCUAGCAAGGCAAAUAUACUAGAAAAAGGAUUUGAUUGCUGUGAAGCUGGCUGCAUUUAUUACAGCAACAAAGUGUAUGUUUUUGGAGGAUUUAAUGGCGAAAGUUUAUCACUUGCAAGAAGAUAUAAUCUAGAUCUGAAUAAAUGGUCAGAUUUAAUAGAAAUGCCAGAGCCUUCAACACGGGUAUCAUGUGCUAUGUUUCAGAAAGCAAUUUUAUUGUGUGGAUCUUACCAUACAGUGCUUUAUAGAUACGAAAUAAUAAAUAAAGCUUAUGUGCGCCUAGGAUUGAAUUUAUAUGAAGGGUCGAAUAAAAUUGUAUGUGUAGCAAAUGAAAGAGGAUAUGUAAUUGAGAUGGGAUAUGGGAUAUAUGAAAGUGAGUUUAGGGAUGUAAGAAAAUGGCAUGUUCUUGGAAAAUGCAAUUUAUCAUCGAAUUUCAAGAUAAUUUCUCAUGGAAUUCUUUUUGAGAAAUCAAUUUUUUUCCAUAUGUUUGAUGAUUUUGACCAGGCUUUAAUUGAAUUCAAUCUAGAAAGCAAAAAGCUCGAAAAUCGUGGAAGAAUAGCUAUAUAA